CACAGACCCCGCCCCCACGCGCUGCGUGUACGCGUCCGACCGCCCCCAAGCUCGCGCUCUCGGUUUCGGCGGCGGUGCCACUGACGGACCGGCGCAGUGCACCCGUGGCUGGAUCCAAGGGCUGAGCGUGUCAGGACCCACACUCGGCAACAUGUCUGCAGAACUGGAGACGUCAGAGGGGCUGGAUGAGUCUGAGAAAAAGAGCUCUGAAGCCCCAGAGAGAGAGACUCACACCAGAGUAUCAGACCUCUCAGAGCUCCUGAAGGAAGGGACCAAGGAAGCACAUGACCAGGCAGAAAACACCCAGUUUGUCAAAGACUUCUUGAAAGGCAACAUCAAGAAGGAUCUCUUUAAGCUGGCCACCACUGCGCUUUACUUUACGUAUUCGGCCCUCGAGGAGGAAAUGGACCGCAACAAGGACCACCCAGCGUUUGCCCCUUUGUACUUCCCCAUGGAGCUGCACCGGAAGGAGGCACUGACCAAGGACAUGGAGUACUUCUUUGGAGAGAACUGGGAGGAGCAAGCACAGUGCUCCGCAGCUGCCCAGAAGUACGUGGAUAGGAUCCACUAUGUGGGGCAGCACGAGCCUGAGCUGCUGGUGGCCCAUGCCUACACCCGCUACAUGGGGGACCUCUCGGGGGGCCAGGUGUUGAAGAAGGUGGCGCAGCGGGCUCUGAAACUCCCCAGCACGGGGGAGGGCACCCAGUUCUACUUGUUUGAGAAUGUGGAUAAUGCCCAGCAGUUCAAGCAGUUGUACCGGGCCAGGAUGAAUGCCCUGGACCUGAACCCGAAGACCAAAGAGAGGAUUGUGGAGGAGGCCAACAAGGCCUUUGAGUACAACAUGCAGAUAUUCAGUGAACUGGACCAGGCUGGCUCCAUGCUGGCCAAAGAGACCCUGGAAGACGGGCUCCCUGUGCAUGACGGGAAAGGCGACUUGCGCAAAUGCCCCUACUACACUGCUAAGCAAGACAAAGGUAGGUCUUACAUCUUCCCAGCUCCCCUCCCAGGCGGGAUGGCCACAGCCCCUCUAAUGCUACAUCUCCUGUUGGCACCACCACAUAGGUGCCCUGGAGGGCAGCAUCUGCCCCUUCCGAACAGCCGUGGCUGUGCUGAGGAUGCCCAGCCUGCAGCUCAUUCUUGCCGCCAGUGUGGCCCUGGCUGCCGGACUAUUGGCCUGUUACUACCUGUGAAGAACCCCACUCCACUGUGUUGGUGCCACCUCCCACAGUGACCACUGGCCCCACCCCCACCCGACUAAACUACCACCUGGGUGACUUUUUUUUAAUGCUGGGUAUGAGAAAACAAGCAACCAGUAAAAGCCAGAUGCUAAAGCCUCUGCCUAUCAGCAUCCUCUCUGCAGUCCAGGUGCCGAGGUGGGCUCAGGCUCCCCUUCCUACAGUCCUCGGGCGCCUGGGUCAGGAGCAGCUCAGUGGACAGCACCCAUACCUCUGAUCCCCGGGUUUAUUCCCUUCUUCCUUCUGGUCUCUCAGCACUUAGGGGUUAUCUCUCCUCCGCUGGGUGUACUAUGGGAGGGUGCGGGGACCCACCAGGCACUGCUGCUCUGCUCCGGGGCCUCUCGUGGGGGUCUGGGAGCCCCCUCCUCAGCAGUCAGCCCUCUUUCCUCAACCAGAAAAUCCUGAGUGGUCUGUGCAGCCUGUGGACUGUCUCCUCUGACCUGUGUAAAUACUUCAGUACUUAAUAAAGCAGAUUCCGCAA